CUGGUGGCCUCGUUUUACAUCCGAGACCCUCGACGUUCUUUUCCCUUGCACGUACUGCAUCGUUCUCCAAGGGCUUAUAAACGCGAGGGCCUUCGCCUCCUCUGUCCAACGCGCACGUGUGUCUAUGCAAUUUUGUUCCACACGGUCGCUCAUGAGAACGAAAAUUCAUCGGUUCGAAACGACGCGCGGAUGAUGCUCUUUCGCUUUAACUGCACACUUCAUACCGUUCGCUGGGUUAUCGAAAUAAUCGAGCAAAGUGGGCCACUCUGUUAGCACAUUCCAAUUUAGGAAUUUUCGUUUCAAUCCGUCCUUCGAAACUCGAGGGUCUCCCGGACCCCUCCCUUCGUGUGACGUGUAUACGGAGAUAAUUUCCGAGCGGAUUUCGACCUUAAAUUCGAGCCAGAAGUCCAACCGCUGGAUCAGCCGGAGUGGGCAGAUCGUAUUUGUCAUGAAAUGCGCUCUUCCGUUCAGCUGAUCGCGUGUCAUCAAUAUUUCUAUGCAGUCGAUCCUGGCGCGAGACAUUCGUAUACGGGAAUCACUAAAUCGUUUGAGCACGGAUGCUCGAACGAUCCUCCAAAUUCUCCGUUGCAGCGCCGAGUUGGCUCCUUCAUAAUUUUCUCGAUCACACUUUCAACACGAAUUUCCGUAUACAUUUUACUAGAAACCUUUCGGAGAGUCAGUUUCGCAUACGAAUUAUGUUAAAACUCACAUAAUUUAGCGUCCCGAAAGCAAAAAAUAUACGGCCGAUCGGCGCUGCGAAGUUUCUCCUCCCACGUUCAAUUUUUCGUCACAAUUAUUAAUAAAAAAUGUUGCCGGUUGAAUGCUCGCGACGGUUGAGUACUUCGAGAGUUUGAAAAAGCCCUCGAAUCGGCCAUCUUUUCGAUUUCCAAAGCUAGCUUAUCCUUCCCGGGAGUUUCCCCAGCCGUACGGCAGUUUGGUCGAGUGGUUAGGGAGCUCGCGCGUAAUGGGCUCUCGUCGCUUGCUGCUCGGCGAGUCGUCGUUCGAUUCCCCGUUGGAUAGAGAUUUUCACGAGUCUCAUUAUUCACUCGGAAUGGGUUUUUUCUCGCACCGUGAUGAUAAACGAUUGCUUGAGAUCAAUGUCUCACUCGGGCCAAAGAUCGUUCUGAUCUGAGGUUCAUGUUGGUCGAUGACACGCAAUGUCAUAGUUACUCUGAGUGCUGGUGAAAAAAUACCAUUUUUAGAACAACAAAAAAACUGAUGAACGCGCUUAAAGGUCAAUAAAACUGUCAAACAUUGUCAAUCGCGAUGAAACCUCUGUUACGGGGAUUAUUUGAAUAAUUCGAAUGACGAGCAGCAUAUAUGAUGUGAUACUGAAUUAGUAAAAAAACGUACCAAGAUCAAAUAAACCUUGGAAAACAAGAAUCGAAGAAUAUUCGUUGAAAAAUGGAAAAAAAAUAAUGUACGUUUGAAAAGGCAGACCCUCGGAGCGCGCCUCGUUGUGUGCCUCCAUUCGGUCGCACUCUCUGGGUGUAGCCCGAAUGGCCCAGCUGAAUCUCUUCUCCAACCUUUGCCCCUCUCACUGGCUUUUUACGACUCAUUUAUCGUCGCCUUAUACUUUAUGGCAGGCGAGGGUGCACCGGUCAAUUACAGGCGUCGUAAAAUAUUCAAUGCGUCAUGAAAUUGAGCUUUACAUUUAUUUGCGAUCAUUGCAAGUCCCAUAAAGGGGCGUGGGAGAUUUCGCGCUAUUUUUGGAGCCUCGAUUUUUCCUCUUUUCCAUAAGCAGCUUGGCACUAUGGAGAUUAUUUCGUUAAGAGGCCGCAAUAGCGACGGGCUUCGUCCUCGGCGUGUACGAAUGUAGGUUAAAUAUUGACUCGUUACGUCGCGAUGGAUCAGGAAAAGAGGAAAAAAAGGAUGCGCGAUCGGUCGCGAAGCGUUGGUACGCGUUGAAGUUGAUGUUUUGUGCACUACGGAGAGUCCGCGUCGUCAGUAAGGCAGAGAAAAGAGAGGCGAGACUCGCUCGGUUUGCGGGCGCUCGGUGUGCCGAGAGAGUCGAGAGUCCAAAAGUGUCGAGGCAUAAACUACACACUUGUACGUCGCUGGCGAACGCCACGAAAUAUUCGAAGGAGAGAGAGAGCGAGCGGAGCGAGUAAAGAGAGCGUGAGAAAAGGGAUUCUCUCUCUUUUGCUUAUUCGAGACAAGAAAGCGCGCAAGAGCGACUGUGACGAGGAGUGGCCGAGGAGAAGAAGAGCAAAUUGGUGCUCCGAGUAACAGGAGUUUAUGAGCGUCAUGGAGGAGGAGCCUGUCGCGGCGACGAGCGCCGCCGCUGGUGGCGUUAGCGGCAACGACGAGAUUCGCUCGGGACUGUUCUUCCCUCGAAAAAAUCACGCCGACGAAUCCAACUUUGACGGAUCUACGACCUCGACCGCUUCUACCAUCCGCAGCUACUGGAAGACUCAGGCCAGUUUCAGUGACUCGUCGACGCAUCGCCAGACCUCUCAGGACCAACUUAUUUCGGCUUCCCAGAGAACCCUACAAAGCUCUAACAGUGCCUGCGAUUACUUUUUCAAGGUGAUGCUGUUGGGUGACAGUGGUGUAGGAAAAACUUGUCUUCUAACUCGUUUCCGCGACGGUCGUUUUCUGUCUGGCAACUAUAUUACCACAGUUGGCAUCGACUUUAGGAAUAAAAUGAUCGAAGUGGACGAGGCGAAGGUAAAGCUUCAGAUCUGGGAUACAGCUGGCCAGGAGCGCUUUCGUAGUGUCACUCACGCCUACUACAGAGACGCUCAUGCGUUACUCUUACUGUACGACGUGACCAACAAAACGAGUUACGACAACAUUAGAGCCUGGUUAGGUGAAAUACGGGAAUAUGCUCACGACGACGUCGUUAUAAUGCUCUUGGGCAACAAGUGCGAUUGCGGUAACGAGAGAAUCGUCAAGAGGGAGGACGGCGAGCGCCUCGCGCGGGAACACAAUGUACCGUUCAUGGAAACCUCCGCUAAAACCGGCCUCAAUGUCGAGCUGGCCUUUGUUGCCGUUGCAAGGUACCUAAAAGCACGGAAGAGUGGAAAUCCGGAUACCUCGAAAUUCAACGUGCAAGAUUACGUGCGACAACAAUCACAGAAAAAAACGUGCUUCAAUUACAAUUGCUCGACAACCUGAGUUCGCUAAACUGGUUUUGGCCUCGAUGUACCUUCAUUAAUUUUAUGCUGAAAAAUACGUUUAUAACGAGCCUCGGGUUAAGUACUUAUAUGCCGACCAACUUGAAACACAGUGGCACAAAAUUUACGCAGACGACGUAGUGUUGUACAUGAAUAUAUAUAUAUAUAUAUAACACGUAUACAUAUAUAAAUAUGAGAGCAUAUAUUGAAAAAAAUCAUCACGCCAAGAAUAAAACAAAAAUAUUCGAUGUCAAAUAUUCGUAUUAAUUUUUUUUUCAAAUAUCGAGUUGAUCGUUCGAGAGAAGAAAAUAUUGCGUGUCUAGUAAACAUGUCAAAAAGUUGUUAGGCAACUGAAAAAAUGUCAAACAAUCGUUCUAGUGCCGCUGCAAUAAUGAUGAAUGUUUAGCAUUCGUAUAUUUCAA